AUGGAAAUUUCCGAACCAACAGUGGGCAUAUUUUAUAUAAGCAAAAUGCUGACAUUGGCACCAUUUGCAAUACGUAAAGGGGCUAAUGGCGGUUAUGAGAUACGACGGAGCGUCUUGUUUACAGUUUACUCGGCCUCGUUGAUUUUUAUUUUGGUUUUUCUAACAUAUCGUGGAUUAUUAUUCGAUGCAAAUUCCAAAAUUCCCGUACGGAUGAAAUCGGCAACCUCCAAGGUUGUAACUGCAUUAGAUGUCUCAGUGGUAGUUUUAGCAACGAGUGCAGGAUCACUUUGUGGCUUAUUCGGUUUCAAAGCCACACGGGAACUGAACAUCCGUUUGAGAAAGGUUGAUGAAACACUACACUCAUCGUUGCAUUUUAAAAGAGAUCGUAUACGUGCCAUAGCCAUGAUUGUGCUACCACUCGGAACUAUUUGUAGCUUGUUAGCAUUGGAUAUUGGAACUUGGCUGAGAUUUGCAAGCAAAUCGAAAAGCGUCUCAGUGAACACAGGUGCGUUAGAGAAUAGUGCUUCAAAAAGCACUAUUUCCUUUUUAAAAGAAUAUUAA